AUGGCCCGGAUUCUCCGGGCCCUGGUGGCAGCUACCAUCUGGGCUGCUUGCCUGGGGGAUUACGUCGAAGGAGACUGCAAGGAAGCCGACCGCCAGGGCCUCUCUUUCAUCCAGGCGAAGGCACUAGCACGUGACAGGGCCAUCGCGAAGAAGGAGGUGGAGUACCAUUGGUCUUCUGGUCGCGGCAACUUCCCCAACUAUGGUGUGGCCAAAGACGCGGCACCUUUCGAUCUCUCCGCUCGGUUCGCUUGGAGCUGGUCUCAUCCGCUUGGAAGAUUCCACACGCUGACGUACGGCACCGCCAUCGACCACCUGAGCAAUGUCUACCUUAGUGGAGCAGAUGGAAUCCGAAAGUUUGAUCCGAGUGGCAAACUGUUGUGGGAGUAUGCGUCGCUGCCUGCCGAGAUGAUGGAUGCCCCUUCCCUGUUCAACGGGACCAUCUACGGAAGUGAUACGGAAGGGAACGUGGUCGCCCUGAACAUGGAAGAUGGCAAGGUGGAGUGGAAGACCCAUGUUUCCAAUGCCAUCUGCCAGGACAACGGUUUCACCAUGGCCAAGGACGGUGUGGUCCUUGCUGCCAGCGAUUGUCGCGAGCCCUCUCCGCAAGGAUCGGCCAAUCAAUUGAUCAAGGCUCUGUGUGCCAGCACCGGCAAACUGCUCUGGACCCAUGCGCCUGACACUCCCAUUUGGAACUUCUUGCCACUUUUUGUAGACGAGGGCGACUUCGUGUUUCAGGACAUGACUGGCAAGGCCUACCGACUGCACCUGCACACCGGCAAAGUGAUUUGGAAGAGCGGCGGCAAGGAAGGCACUUGGACAGAUGGCGGUGCAGCAGUGGGCAAUGGGAUGCUUUUCGCCGUGAACAACAACCACAAGCCCCACUACACGCCCCCAGGUGCUCAGUAUGCCAAUGGCGAAUACGUUCCUGGCACGCUGAGUGCAUACAACCUCAGUACCGGCAAGCUGAUGUGGAAAGAGGUGACUCCGCGACCACCCAACAAUGCUCCUGCCGUGGGCAAGGUGAAGAAUCUGCCUGGCAUGUCCGUGGUCAUGCCCCUGUGUCAUCAAGGGCAUAAAGGAGCAUUCUGCGAUGUGCAUGUUUACAAUGCAGACACUGGAGACUUGCGGUGGGUCUUCCAUGGGCCAGCUCAGAGGGCACGUUUGCAGGCAGGAGACCGUGAAGGGGUUGGUGACCGCCUGAGCACGGGCAUCCGCGCCAUCUGCUUACCCAACGGCUGGAGCGCGCCCACCAUCGAUGCCGAGGGAACGGUCUUCGUCGGCCACGAAGAUGGGAACUUCUACGCCCUGCGCGACAUGGACGGCGAUGGCACGAUCUUUGGACCUGACGAGGUGCAGCUUUAUGAUACCAAGGCCGCAUUUUCAGGAUCCUCUUCCCCGGCUGUUGCCCCAGGCAUUCUGGCCAUCGCUUCCUGCGCGGUACAAGCGCUAGCAAAAGAUGCCAUGGACAACUGGCACUCAGCACAGGGGGGCAAGACGGCGCAUGGCCCCGUCACGCUGGGACGGCUGCAAUCGUGGUACUGCGAGCUCAGAGAUCGCAACUUCAUGGCGAGGUUUUUAAACGACAUGGCCCGGAUUUUCCGGGCCCUGGUGGCAGCUGCCUUCUGGGCUGCUGGCAGGGGGGAUGCCGUGGAAGGAGACUGCAAGGAUGACCACCCAGGCCUCGCCUUCAUCCAGGCGAAGGCACUAGCACGGGACAGCGCCAGCGCGAAGAAGGAGGUUGAGUACCACUGGUCUUCGGGUCGCGGCAACUUCCCCAACUAUGGUGUGGCCAAGGACACGGCACCGUUCGACCUCCCCUCGCGGUUCGCCUGGCACUGGUCUCAUCCCCUUGGAAGGUUCCACACCCUGACGUACGGCACCGCCAUCGACCACCUGAAGAACGUCUACCUUGGUGGAGAAGAUGGAGUCCGAAAGUUUGAUGAGAGUGGGAAACUUUUGUGGGAGUACUCGUCGCAUCCUGCCGAGAUGAUGGAUUCUCCCUCCCUGUUCAACGGGACGGUCUACGCAAGUGAUACGGAAGGGAACGUGGUCGCCCUGAGCAUGGAAGAUGGCAAGGUGGAGUGGAAGACCCAUGUUUCCAAUGCCAUCUGCCAGGACAACGGCUUCACCAUGGCCAAGGACGGUGUGGUCCUUGCAGCCAGCGAUUGCCGCGAGCCCUCCCCCAACGGAGAGUCCAACCAUUUGGUCAAGGCCCUGAACGCCAGCACCGGCAAACAGCUCUGGACCUAUGCACCUGACACCGCCAUUUGGAACUUCCUGCCUCUUUUUGUAGACGAGGGCGACUUCGUGUUUCAAGACAUGACCGGCAAGGCCUACCGACUGGACCUGCGCACCGGCAAAGUGAUUUGGAAGAGCGGCGGCAAGGUAGGCACUUGGACAGAUGGCAGCGCGGCGGUGGGCAAUGGGAUGGUGUUUGCAGUGAACAACAACCACGCACCCCCCAAUGCCUUCGCCAGCGAGUUCAGUCCUGGCACGCUGAGUGCAUACAACCUCAGUACGGGCAAGCUGAUCUGGAAAGAGGUGACUCCGCGACCACCCAACAAUGCUCCUGCCGUGGGCAAGGUGAAGAAUCUGCCGGGCGUUUCCGUGGUCAUGCCCCUGUGUCAGCAAGUGCACCAGGGAGCUUUCUGCGACAUCCAUGUUUACGACGCAGACACCGGAGACAUGCGCUGGGUCUUCCAUGGCCCGGCACAGAAGGAGAUCUUGCAGGCCGGAGACCUCGAAGGCGUAGCAACCCGCAAGAGCUUGGGCAUCCGUGAUACGUGCCUGCCCAACGGCUGGAGCGCGCCCACCAUCGAUGCCGAGGGAACGGUCUUCGUCGGCCACGAAGAUGGAAACUUCUACGCCCUCCGUGACGUGGAUGGCGACGGCACGAUCUUUGGACCAGACGAGGUGCAGCUUUAUGAUACCAAGGCAGCGUUCUCUGGAUCCUCUUCCCCAGCCGUUGCCCCCGGCAUGCUGGCAAUCGCUUCCUGCGAUUCGCUCUUCGUGUUCAAGUAA